AUGAGUCGACACGCACAAUAUUUGAAGAAAACUGUAUCGAUAUCAAAACUUUAUCUUGAUUCAGGAUCAAUAGACAAUGAAUGGGAUAAAAAACUUAAUAAUGCUUUAACAUACUAUGUUUUUUUCUUAAUUAUCAAUCCAACAUUAUCAAGUUCACAUCCUCUUUAUCAUCAUAGUUUUAAUCUUGCUAAGGCAUUUAUUACUUCUUCGGAUCCAAGAACUGUGAAAAUCGAUUCAUCGAAAGAUUCACCCAUACAUUCAACUGAAAUUAAAGAAUCGUUAAAUAAAAUAAAUAAGUAUGAAACUGAUCGUCUAUUAUAUAUUAUUACUGAAUGUACCGAUGAAACCCUUAAUAUCGAUAAUCUUGUUGAUAAUAAUUUUACUCUUGAAUUUUCAUCAUCGGCUGCUGUGUUAAUUGCACAAAAUCGUUCGUCAGAAUUAUUUGAUUUAUAUAAAGUAUCUAUAGGAACAUUCGGAAGUGGUAUGAUGAGUUCAAUUUCAAGUCUAAUGGAGGAUUCAUUUCAUAAUGCAAUGGAAAUUACUGAACAGCAACGACAAUUUAAAAAUUCAUUUCUUCAUUUGGCACGUGCAAAUUUUCGAAGUAAAAUUGAUGAUUGGAAUGGUGUUAAUGUUGAUUUAGAACUUUUAAAUAAUUCCAAUAUUGUCGACAAUUGUUAUUACAAAGAACUAAAAGAAAAAUCUAAACAUAUGAAUGAUAUCAAUGCAUCAAUUCUGAAUAAACAACAACGAAUUGAAUAUUUAUUAAUUCGAUCAUUUUUAUGUACAAGUAUUGGACAAUUUGAAGCUGCAUUUACAGCUUUACUAGAUGCAAAUUAUAUGAUAAAUAUUAAUAAAUCAGUAUCAUCGCAAAAAGAUAAAAUAAUUUCUGAUGAUUUUACAACAGAAUCGAAAUUUGAAUCUUUACUUGAAAAAUAUUUGAGUGAUUAUUUUCAAAAUUUAAAUAUAUUAAUUGGAACAUGUUCUAUCAAAUAUGAUGAAAAACUACUUGAUGUUACAUUUAAAUGUUACUAUGAUGCAUUAGCAACUGUAAAAAUAAAAAGAAAUAUUGAUGAAUUACAAAGUACAGAACUUUUGCAAAUUUUAACAAAUUUGGAAACGUUUUUAAAAACAUUACAAAUGUCUUGUAAACAAGCACCAUUUUCAUUCAAUAAUGAAACUUUGUCAAAUUAUAUCGAAAGUGUCAUUAAAUACGAUGAUUCCAAUGAAAAUAACAGCAAAUCAAGGAAUUCAUAUAUGCAACAAGAUAAUCGACUGCCAACGCUUAAUGCACAUACCAGAUCACUAGCAAAUCCAUCGGAUGCCAUUCCAACAUUGCAUCAACGGCAAAAUGAGCAUGAAACCAAUAGUUCAUCUGCUUCAAGUAUUCCCAAUUUAGAUAAAAAUUCUAAUGUUCUACAUCACUCUGGUCCAGAUGAAAUACGUGCGCCAGAAAUAUUACCAACAUUGGACCCUGCUCCACCUGGGUAUUAUAAUAUAUUAUCUCUUGAUGGAGGUGGUAUUCGAGGUAUUGUUGAAGCAAUUAUUUUAAUGGAAAUUGAACGACGAACUGGUAAAUAUAUUGGCGAAUUAUUUAAUUGUUUUGCUGGCACUUCAACCGGAGGGAUAUUGGCAUGUGGAUUAGCUAAACAAAGACCAAUGAAAGCAAAAGAUCUAUUAAGUAUAUAUAUAGGCCCACGUCGAUUUAAAAUAUUUAAAAAACGUCUACUAUGGCUGAUCCGACAUUCAAAAUAUUCGUCGAAUGGAAUUGAGGAAGUAUUGAAAGCACAAUUACCAAGUAAACGUUUAUCAGAUUGUGGUAGUCAUGAUCUAAUAAUUCCAACUGAAAUUCAUAAACAAGGACCUGCUUUAUUUAUAAAUCAUGCAAAUUCGCCUAGAAAAACUGGUUUAUAUUUUUACAAUCCACAUGAACCGGAUAAUAUAUUUGCACUUCGACAUUCAUGUAAUACUUUAUUGAGAGAUGUAGUUCGUUGUACAUCAGCUGGAGCACCUUUUUUUCCACAUAAAACGCUUGAUAUCAAUGGAAUUGCAUAUACAUUUUAUGAUGGUGGCUAUCGAUUUAAUCGUCCCGAUUAUAUUGCAUUAAAAUGGGCGACAACAGUUCGUCAGAUUCCUAAAGAUAAGAUUUUUCUACUUUCAUUGGGAAAUUCAAAUGCAGCCCCAACAGCUCUUCCAAAGAUUCGUGGUGUACUUGGUUUUAUAUAUAAUGCAGCAGAAAUAAAUGAAGUUGUAGGAUAUAAUAAUCCCGCAGACUAUUGUAGGAGUGAAUUGCGUCAACAAUAUAUUCGAAUAUCACCAAAUAUAGAUAUAACCGUUGCAAUGGAUACUACUGAUCCUACAACGUUAUCAUUAUUAUGGCAAGCUGCAUGGAAUAAAAUUACAGAAAUGGAUAAUACAAAUGAUUCAUUUAAUAAAUUAUGUAUUCAGUUACUAACCCGUUCUAAUCUUCCUCCACAAUUGGUGGGAAUUCAUCCUCCACCAAAAAGAGUUUCAUAUUACCCUACUCGCCCUAUGCGUGAACCUGAAGCAUACUAUAACAUCGACGCAUUAUUUUCUGUUAAUGAUUUCAAUAUACAUCACGAAAAUAUACCUGGUCUACUAGAAACAUUAUUUGAAAGCCAUCGAUGGCCUUGUAAAGAUCGCCUUCAAUAUCCUAGAUUAAAUACAUAUUCUAAUCAUCGUUCUUUAUCAUUAGCUGCAGGACUAGGACAUAUUCCAUCAAUAUUACAUUAUCUUGAAGAUGCACUUUCUAUAAAUCGAGUUUUAACUCGUAGAGAAGUAAAAGAAAGAGAUUUCCGACAGAGUAAUGGUACGUUUAAAUGGGGAUGGAAUUCAUUUCAUUAUGCUGCUGCUAACGGCGAAAUUAUUGCGGCUCUUGUAUUAUUAUAUUCAAAACCAUUGGAAUUAAUUAAUCUAAUGUCCGUAUUAGAGGAAUCUGUGUUAAUCAAAAUGAUAGAACUACUGGAUCAGAAAACUACGGGUCUAUUUAAAGCUCAAUAUUCACCUGCAGAAUUAGCAAAUAGUUCUGGAUAUCAUAUAAUGGAAGAACAUUUACGCGUUGAACGCUUAAAAGUUGAACGUCAACGUCGUCGGGUUGCAAAACAGAGACGCGAACGGAUUGGUACUUUUGAUUGA